AUGAAGCACACUCACACCCGUAUCACCUGCGGAAUGCCGGCGAGGGCAGUGAUUGUAUCGAUCCUUGUAUUGGCUACGUUGGCAGGAUGCUGGCCCUACGACCCUAACGAGGUUGGAUACAAUCUCAACGAAAACAAGAGUGCUGCGCAUCCGGCGGAAUAUUGGGGCCAGUGGCCGGAUCACGACUACUUCCCUUCGCCUGACAACUGGAGAUUCCCAUUCUAUACCCUCUUCGUCGAUAGAUUCGUGAAUGGUGACCCGGCCAAUGAUAAUGCUAACGGUACAAGUUUUGAGCGGGAUAUUAAUUCAAACCAGAUGCGCCAUGGGGGAGAUGUUCUGGGGUUGGUUGAUUCUUUGGAUUAUAUUAGUGGUAUGGGAAUUAAGGGCAUAUACAUAGCUGGGACAAUUUUGAUUAACGAACCAUGGGGUGCGGAUGGAUAUUCUCCCCUCGAUACAACGCUCCUUGAUCGUCACUUCGGAGACAUAGAGAUGUGGCGGUAUGCGGUCACAGAGAUACAUAAAAGAGGCAUGUACAUCGUCAUGGACAGUACUCUAGCAACGCUCGGGGACCUUUUGGGCUUCGAAGGUUAUCUAAACACAACUACGCCCUUCGAGCGCGCAGAACAUAAAGUUGUUUGGAAAUCCAACAGGAGAUAUCUUGAUUUCCACCCUGGUAACUCUUAUAAUGAAACUUGUGACUACCCGAGAUUUUGGGAUGAGAGCGGGUAUCAACUAGAACCAUCGGAAACUGGGCUUAGGGGCUGUUAUGAUAGUGAAUUCGAUCAAUAUGGAGACGUUGAAGCAUUCGCUGUUUAUCCAGAUUGGCAGCGACAGCUUGCCAAGUUCGCUUCAGUCCAAGAUCGUCUGCGCGAGUGGCUGCCGCCAGCCACUCAAGCUACGAUAGAUGCAUUAGGUGAUAUAAGCUCGGCAUACCGUGCUUGUGCCAGGAAGGUUGGAAAAACAAACUUCUUCCUUCCAGGAGAGAUAACUGGUGGAAAUACGUUUGGUGCCAUCUAUAUUGGCCGUGGGCGACAGACAGACAUGCGACCAAGCAGCUUGAAAGAUGCGGUUCGGCUGACUUACGACAACGACACCUACUUCAUUCGGAAGAAGGGUAAAUCUGCUUUGGAUGCUGGUGCUUUUCACUACUCUAUCUAUCGCAGUUUGACCAGGUUUCUGGGAAUGGAUGGUAACUUGGAGGCCGGCUUCGAUACUUCCCUCAAUUGGGUCGAGGCUUGGAACGAAAUGCUUCUCACCAACGACUUCAUUAACACGAAUACCGGUGAGCUUGAUCCACGGCAUAUGUUUGGUGCAACAAACCAAGACGUUUUUCGCUGGCCCUCUCUUCAACAAGGCACCCAAAGAUCACUCCUGGCCCUAUACAUUAUCACAUUGCACCUUCCUGGCAUUCCCUUAGUUCUCUGGGGUGAAGAACAAGCAUUUUAUAUCCUCGACAGUUCAGCGCAGAACUACAUUUUUGGCCGGCAACCAAUGUCCUCCUCAAUAGCUUGGCAAACCCAUGGAUGUUACAGCUUGGGCUCUUCCCAGUACUAUCAGUGGCCACUUGGACCUGCUAUUGAUGGCUGCCACGAUGAUGCUGUUAGCUAUGAUCAUAGGGAUCCAUCUCACCCUGUGAGAAACAUCCUAAAGGCCAUGUUCCAAAUGCGAGAAAAUUACGCUACCCUAAACGACGGCUUCUAUCUCCAACAAUUGUCAAAUUUGACUAGGACAAUAAUUUUUCCCGGUUCUAAUGGGGUCGCAACCGAGAUUGGCAUGUGGUCAGCUUUUCGUGGUCGGCUUGAUGGCGUGCAGGAUUUGGAGGGUGAGAACCUGCCUGUAUGGCUUGUCUAUCAGAACGAUAAUCAAACUGUCGAGUAUCAUUUUGAUUGCGAGAACAAAGCCAAAGCCCUUAUCUCCGUUUUUGGCUCGGGCACUACAGUGAAGAAUUUAUUCUAUCCUUACGAUGAGCAUACUUUGCAAGCCGGCCCUGUGAAACUUGGAAUAGAAGGAUCAACAGCUUUCAAUGGAUGCCUUGAGAAUCUGCGAAUGGAUCCCUGGGAUUUUAGGGCUUAUGUUCCUAAAGCGAAGUUUAUCCGACCAAAGCCCAUGAUCACGAAGUUCUUUCCCGGCCAUGAUGCUCGUUUAGAAUCAAAAGUUGACACCGAUUUAUAUGAAACCGUGCUUUUGGAGGUCCAUUUCUCAGACGACAUGGAUUGCAGCAGUGUUACUCAGAGUUUGUCGCUCAACUCAACAACACACAGCAACAAAAUACCUCUGGUUGAUUCUGCCAGUGUUCAAUGCACCUCUUUUGAGCCCGAAAGGACAAAAUUUCCCGGCGAAAUACCCGGAACCUGGAAGUGGUCAGCGAAUCUUACCAGGGUAUACAACGGCAUUCAUCAGUUGCAGUUCGACAAUCCAAGAGCAAAAGAUGGGAAACAGAGUACUGAUAACGUGGACCGAUUUCUCUUUCGUAUUGGACAAGCGAAUAACCCGAUGGUGUUUACUCGUGCCGCAAAUUAUUCACGCACUUUGUUACAUAGGAAUGAGAAGGGUCACCUGUAUGUGGCUCACCACGCUGCUGGUGCAGACUCUUACCGAUAUUCCACUAAUUGGGGCUUGACUUGGUCAGACUGGCUGCCUUAUAAAGGUGGAAACGAUACAUUGAAUAAGCAAGGAUGGUCUGGAACCAAGAAGCAGCAGUGGAUUGGAGAGCAUGUGAUUGUCGAAUACUGGAACCGCAUGGUAGGGAGCAGUAGCCAUAUGCAACACGGCGAUGUUGACUGGGAAAGUGACCAUCCACGAAGAUUUCCUCAUCUCUUUUGGAACGGUCCACACAAUCAGUAUGGCUAUGAUGCCGGCGUUCGCAACCAGAUGCAGUUCAACGAUAACGGACAAUGGGCCAUUCGUUUUAUGACCGAGUGGCCGGCCUUGGCUCAGGUGAACGUCUGGGGUAUGAAUGCAGAUGGUAACCCCGAUAAGACGUACGUUUUCGGCGAUCCUGACAGCAAUUCUGUCUUGGACCGCCUUCCACCUUCGUCGUUGAAGAACGCCCUCGUAAAUAUAACCGAACACCCCCCUUCACCAUACUUAUCUUGGGAAUUUUUAUUGGACGAUGGGACACUUUAUUUCGAAUUGGUUCCGCGUGGAUCAAUGUACCAGCAGAUGGCUCUAUUUUUCCUCUUGCUGAUACUACCUCUUGCAACCGCCGGGGGUAACCUGUAUGCCUUCAAAUGCUACUUUUGCCGGAUUACAUUCAACAACAAAGGCAGCGCGGGGGGUGGACAAGGGCUCUUGCUUCUGCCCGGAAGCAAUGACUAUAAAAUCUCUGGGCUACUGAGAACAUUGGCGGACAAGUGCAACCUUUUCCCAAGAAGCAAGGAGCUCGGUUUCUCCGCCAACACUCGACGUACUGUCCUUAUUGCCACAAUGGAAUAUGACAUUAGGGACUGGGAAAUCAAGAUAAAGAUCGGCGGACUUGGAGUAAUGGCGCAAUUGAUGGGACAUCGCCUGGGACAUGUGAAUUUGGUCUGGGUCGUUCCCUGCGUCGAAGAUGUAAGCUAUCCGAUUGACCAAAAAGCGCAACCGAUGAUUGUGAAGUCGCUCGGCAAGGAUUGCAUUGUGGGCGUCCAAUACCACAUCACGAAAAAUAUCACAUAUAUACUCCUGGAUGCCCCGAUAUUUCGGAAGCAAAAGAAGAAUGACCCCUAUCCCCCUCGGAUGGACGAUCUUGAGAGUGCUAUAUAUUACUCUAUUUGGAACCAAUGCAUUGCGCAAAUUAUGCGGAGAUUUCAAAUUGAUAUAUACCACAUCAACGAUUAUCACGGCGCGCUUGCUCCUCUAUACAUACUCCCAAAGACUGUACCAGUGUGCCUAUCCCUCCACAACGCCGAGUUUCAGGGCCGCUGGCAAAUUCGCAGUGAUGAUGAUAUGACAGAGUUGUGUAGUGUGUUCAAUAUUUCCGAGGAUAUUACACGACGUUAUAUUCAAUUUGGGGAGGUGUUCAACUUACUGCACGCUGCUGCGAGCUAUUUACGGAUUCACCAAGGCGGUUUUGGGAUACUUGGCGUGUCCGAAAAAUAUGCCGAAAGGUCUUAUAAAAGAUAUCCCAUCUUUUGGGGGCUGAAGGCCGUGGGCAAAUUACCCAACCCAGAUCCUCAAGAUGAUAAUGAAGUGGUCGAACUCGACCCUCGAUUUGAGAGCUUAAAGGCUCAAUUGAAGAGGGAGUCACAAAAAUGGGCUGGUCUUGACCAGGACCCCAACGCCCAUCUGUUUGUUUUUGUCGGAAGGUGGUCGGACCAAAAAGGAAUUGACCUUAUUGCGGACGUCUUUCCCCAUCUUCUCGAGACUCGACAGGACGUACAGCUUAUUUGUAUGGGGCCAAUUAUUGAUUUUUAUGGGAGAUUCGCCGCGUUAAAACUCCACAAGCUUAUGGAGAUGUACCCAACCCGAGUAUAUUCAAGACCGAAGUUCACAGUUUUUCCCAAUUGCGUGCGGGAAGGGGCUGAUUUCUUAUUGAUACCAUCAAGGGAUGAGCCAUUCGGCCUGGUAGCCGUCGAAUUUGGUCGCAAAGGCGUCAUUGGAAUAGGCGCUAAAGUUGGGGGGCUCGGCAAAAUGCCAGGAUGGUGGUAUUCGGUUGAAUCUACUGCAACUCGUCACUUGCUACAUCAGUUUGAGCGAGCCAUCAAUCAGGCGCUAAGGGCGAGGCCGGAAGUCCAUGCUAAAAUACGCGCUAGAUCAAUAACGUAG